AUGGGUAAAUCAGAAACCAGUUCCAGUACGGGGAAACGGCCUCGGCCUGACAAUACGCCUGAUCCCGCGGAUGAAAAGCUUUUGGCCAACAACAGAUUCGCUGUCCUGGAAAACGCCAAGGAUCCCGAAGUAGUGGAGAAGGAGAAAAUUCCACCUUUCUAUGUGAAAAGCUUCCCGGAAGGCCUACGUGAAGCAAUAGUGUUUUAUAUCGACAAAGGAUCGAAAUGCACUAUCCGAAUAUGCACUGAGGGAUACAAACUGAUGGUUCCGUCGUUGAAUGUUUACAAGGCGGUGCAAGUGAUAUUGCAAAAACACGAGGUGGAAUAUUUCUCCCAUGAUAUCGAAGCAGAAAAUCUCCUCAAGGUUGUUCUCCGCGGCCUUCCUGACAUGGAAGUUGACACCCUGUUGGAGGAACUAAAGGCAAACGGCCUCAAACCAAUCCAGAUAUAUAAGAUGACGCGUCACAACAAAACUCGGAAGUACCGUGAUCUGUUAUAUCUGGUACCCCUGGAGAAAAAUUCAACGUGCCUGACGGACCUGCAGUCCAUACGAGCACUUAUUCACAUCAUCGUGGCCUGGGAGCGCUACAAACCAGUGCAUCGUGACGACACCCAAUGCUCGAACUGCCUGAUGUUUGGACACGGGACGAAAAGUUGCCAUAUGGCCUACCGCUGCAUCAAAUGCCGCACGCACCCGACGCCUGCCAACUAA